CUUAACCGAAAGUGUGUGCCACGUUUCUUGUUUCAUCUUCUUUCUUCUUCCCAUUUUCUUUCCUUCCCCAAAGUUUACCGGAGUCUGUAGAACCGUCAAGGGUUUAACUAGGGUUCUCAAGAUCACUGAGAAAAAUCAAUCAAAAUCCGAGAUGGGUUCUCUAAGAGGCGGAAAUGAGAAGAAGAGAUAUUCAUCGGAAGAAGAAGAACCGAUACUGAUGGAACAAACAGAGAGAUUCUGUAUGUUUCCAAUACGAUACAAAGAGGUUUGGGAGAUGUAUAAAAAAGCCCAAGCAAGUAUUUGGACUGCUGAAGAGGUUGAUCUCUCCAGUGAUGUUUCACAUUGGGAAACUUUGUCAGAUUCUGAGAAACACUUUAUAAGUCAUGUACUGGCUUUCUUUGCUGCUUCUGAUGGUAUUGUGUUGGAGAAUUUGGCUGCCAGGUUUCUUAAUGAUAUUCAAAUACCAGAGGCAAGAGCGUUUUAUGGGUUUCAAAUUGCCAUGGAAAAUGUUCAUUCAGAGAUGUAUAGUUUACUCUUGGAGACUUACAUUAAGGAUUCGAGGGAGAAGCAUAGAUUGUUUAAUGCUGUUGAAAACAUACCCUGUGUUACAAGGAAGGCAAAGUGGGCAUUGAAUUGGAUUCAAAGUGGUAGGUCAUUUGCGGAGCGACUCGUUGCUUUCUCCUGUGUUGAAGGAAUUUUCUUCUCAGGAAGCUUUUGUGCUAUUUUCUGGUUAAAGAAGAGGGGACUGAUGCCUGGAUUAACCUUCUCCAAUGAACUUAUUUCGAGGGAUGAGGGCCUCCACUGCGACUUUGCUUGUCUUCUAUACAGCUUGUUAAAGAAGCCAUUAAAUUGGCAAUUGGUGCAUCAAGUUGUGCAUGAAGCGGUGGAAAUUGAGACAGAAUUUGUUUGUGAUGCCCUACCUUGUGCAUUGAUCGGCAUGAACUCUGAUCUAAUGAGCCAGUACAUUAAGUUUGUGGCAGAUCGUCUUCUGGUUUCCUUAGGGUGUCAGAGGAAAUAUAAUGUGGAAAACCCAUUCGACUGGAUGGAGUUCAUUUCUUUGCAAGGUAAAGCUAAUUUUUUUGAGAGAAGAGUGGGAGAUUAUCAGAAAGCUUCUGUUAUGUCCAAUUUACAAGAUGGGGGUGAAGCAAAUUACGUCUUCAAACUAGAUGCAGAUUUCUAAUUCUGAAAUGACAACAAUAUGUUGUUUUGUGAUAAACAUAGAUCUAUGAUCUUUAUGCAUAUACCAAAUCCUACCCUACAAUUCUAUUAAUGUUAUUUUUUGUAUUUAAAGGUUUUUUUA